UUCGUGAUGUCGAAUUCAGCAAUUUCCUCUAAGCUUUAGAUAACCGCAUGUAUUUACUUCAUAACCCAUUAAGUCGUUGCCAGAGACGCUGGAAAUAGUGUUCGUAAUGGAUUUUAACUUAAUAUGUUUUUUCACUUGCAUUAUGAGUACUUUAGCAGCUGCGCCACCAAUACAAAUAUCACCGGAUAACUACUCCAACAAGAAGAGUUGCCAAAACGGAGGAACAAUGACUAAGGGAAGUGGCUCAAGCACAAAUUGUCAAUGUCCCGAAGGAUACAUUGGAAAAUAUUGUCAGAACAAAGUGAAUCCUUGUUCUAGUAACCCCUGUCGGAACGGUGGCAAAUGCAUGGUCGGAAAAAAGGAAAAAGGAAAUGGAAAAGGGAGUGGAAAUGAUAAACAUAUAUUUAAGUGCACGUGCGCACAAGGAUAUACAGGAGUCACUUGUGCAGACCCUGAGCCAAUUAUCGAAAAGAAUUUUUGGACGACACCAGCGCAAAGUACUGCGUUAGAUUGGAAUAUAAGAAGUACCGAAAGUGUAAUAGAUGAUCCAACUUAUCCACCAGAUUUUGAUCCUACGACUGCUAAGGAGGCUCCUCAUAGAAAGCCUAGAAGAAGCACAUCCUGGUCAACAACAGUCCUCGCGACGGGUUAUACAGAUAUAUCAUCGGAAUUAAUUACAGUGCCCUCUGGAAUGAAGUCGUUGUAUUGCAGUUGAAUGGGUUACGUAGUUCUAAAUCAAGUGGCACUAAUCCAGCCAUCUCGUCAUCUCGUUCUGAUGUGUAAAUAAUGCACAAUGCAAUCCGGACCGUACUUAUCAGGACUAUGUCCUUGUGACCUGAGGAGGUACGACAAGCCAGCUCAAAACCGACGCUACGUGUCUUAAACUGCCGUGGUGGACCUUUCCUAACAUUAUUCGACCCUAUUCUACCCCUCCUGUUGUAUUUCUACACUUUUGGGGUCCUUAGGGUGUCGGUUUUACUCAAACUAUAAGUGUAAUCUAUAUAAUACGGCUGUUUUGUAACCAAUUAUUCCGUUUAUGUCCGCGUCAGGCAAGAAUUUUUUUUCCAAAACAUUUGAACAAUAAAAUUAAUGUUUGCGAUUUGCAAAUUCACGUGAACUACUGUAUAGUAAUUAUGGAUAGCCCAUGUCUGAACCGGAAAAACGCAGCAGUAGCGAAGAUCAUCAUUAUAUGAUGAUAUAUUUAUAUUUGAAGUAAAGAAAAUAACUUCCUACUCAAGAAUAACAUUAUAUUUACAUAUUUUUCGUAUUGAAAUAAUUGUAUUAGUCAUAACAGUGGUC